UUGUCUAAUUGUCUCUCUGGUUCAUGUCGUGUUCAUGAUAAUUUCGAUCUAAAACACAGUGUAAAUGUAAAUUUAAUAAAAAUAAAUAUAUAUUAAAUUUAAAACAAUGGCGAUAUCAUUUUGUGCCAAGCGUAUAAAAAUUUUAAAUAGUAAAUAUUUAAAUAAAGUAGUAGUACGUCGUAAUGGAUACAUAGUACUUCUUCCAGAAAUAGGAGAAGAUUUACCAGAAAAAGAUCCAUUACUUAAACAGGAUGGAUUUCCAGAAUUUAAUAAAUUUUCAAUUGAACGUGCUAUUACUGCCGUUGGCAAAGAGACUGUUGCAUACGAACAAGACAUUCAGCAAAUCGAGCAGCGUAUUAUGAUGAAAGAUAAAGUUGAUAUUGUCAAUGAUGUGAUAAAUCCAAUGGAAAUAUCAAAUUCUCGGCUUCAAACAACGUGGAGUAUUGCCAAAACAUUGUACUUUGGUAAUCAAAGUUUAAUGCCAACUCACUACUAUGAAUCGAUUCAUAAUAAUAUGGCUAAAGUUUACACGAUGCCUUACAUGAGUUACUCAUUGUAUAAAGCCUGGAAAAAUGCAGCAACUGAUGAAGAAAUAAACAGCAAACUUACUGUUGAACAAAAAAGAAUUGUUAAAAAAUAUGCAUUGGAGGGUAAAUUAAAUGGUUUAGAUUUAGAUAAAAAUAAAACAAAUCGAUUUAUGUAUACUCUUACAAAAAUUUCAACUAAAAGAGCUGAUUUUGAUAGAGCAAUAAGAUUCGCAACAUCAGUUUUUCGAACGACAAUAAGUGAUCGAAAUAUUUUAAAAGAAUUUCCUGAAGAUUUUUUAAAAUUAACAGCUGUUAAUCCAGAUGAUUGGGAAAAAGGCCCAUGGAAAAUAACACUACAGCCUCAUAUUGUUGAUUUAUUUUUAAAAUAUUGUCCAGAACGUGAUCACAGAUGGAAUGUUUGGCAGGCGUAUGUUGGAAGAGGAGCUAUGCGUGGAGACAGACGAUUGAGAACAAGUUCUAUUUUAGAAGAUAUACGUGAUAAUAAAAUAGAACAAGCUAAAGUACUUGGUUAUAAAUCAUAUUCUCACUUGAGUAUGGAAACUAAAAUUGCUGGUAGUUUAAAUAAUAUUUAUCGUGUUAUGGAUAAUUUAUUGGAAACAGCAUAUCCAGCACAAAAACAAGAGUUUAAUGAAUUAUCUCAAUUUGCAAAAGAUCAAGGAUUUAAUAAAGAGCUAUUAGCCUGGGAUAUUGAUUAUUGGAGUAGAAAAUAUGCAAAUACUAUAUUAAAUUAUAAUAAUGAGACUAUAAAAAAUUAUUUUCCCCUUCCAUACGUUCUCAAUGGGCUAUUUAAAUUAAUUGAAAAUUUAUUCAGUAUUCGUAUAAUUGAAGGUCAAAAACCUGAUGUAUGGCAUAAAGAUGUUAAAUUUUUUGAAAUAAUUGAUUUAAAAGGUUCAACAGAUGAACCAAUAGCCCAUUUUUAUUUUGAUCCAUACGAACGGGGCCGUAAAAUGGCAUCAGCUGAAACAGCAUGCUGGAUGGUACCUAUUCAAAAUAAAAGUACUUUGACGUCUAAAAAACCAUUGGUAGCACUUAUAUUUAAUUUUAAACCACCAGUUAAUGAUGAUAUACCAUCACUACUAACAUUUGAUGAUGUUAAAUAUCUUUUUAAACAAAUGGGCCAAGCACUUCAACAUCUUUUAACUCGAGUAAAUUACAGUAUGUUAGCUGGUACAUCAAAUGUUGAGUGGGAUGCGGUUGGAAUAAGCGGUAAUUUUAUGGUAAACUGGUUAUAUGAACCCGAGACAAUAGAAAAUAUUUCUUGUCAUUACAAAACUAAUGAGACAAUACCUCCUGAACAAGUUUCAAGUAUUAAACGUAUGAGAAGACACAUGUCUGGCUAUAGAUUAUGUAAAGAACUUUAUUAUGGAAGACUUGACCUUGAAUUACAUGAAUUGCCAGACUUUUGGGUACCAAUAGUUACUCGAUUACACAAAAAACACUUUGUUUAUCCUCUAGAUAAAAUGGAUUCUCACAUAACAUCUUGGAGUACAAUAUUUACGGAUAAUUGGGGUGCUGCUUAUUAUAGCCAUCUCUGGUCAGAGAUGCUAGCAGCAGAUGUAUAUAGUGCCUUUCAAGAAAUUACAAAUGCUGAUGAAGAACAAAAGAAACAAACAGCUGAAAGAUUUCGUGACACAUUUCUUUCUUUAGGUGGUAGUGUUCAUGCUAGUCAAAUCUUUAGACUAUUCCGUGGUAGAGAUCCUAAUUACGAAGCAUUACUUUACAAUGUAGGUUUAAAAGAUAAUAAAUUUAAUCAAUCUGAUGUUUAAAAAUUAAAUACAUUUUUUUUUUCUUUUCUUUUCUUUGUUGUUUUUUUAUACAUAGUACACAAAAGUGAUACUUGACUGAUUGUUGUAAUAUAUUUAAUCAACUAUUAUGCAUUACUAUUUUUUGUUGGUGAAAAAUUAAAAUUAUCAGGUAAUAACUAUGACUCGUAAUAAAUGUAUAUUUUAAAUUAAAUUUAUUUUGUUUAGAGCUAAAUGUUUAAAUUUUAAAUUUAUUACUUAUGAAUAGAUGAUUUAAUUUUAAAAAAAUAUAAAUGUAUAUAAUUAUAGGGCUUUAAUUAAUUUUAUACAACAGCCACACAAAUUAUGCUAAUAAAUAAUAAAAUAAUUACUACCCAAUAGCCACAUGUUCUGUCUUUUCGGUCAAUAAAUCGAAUUUGUCUUGUUCCAUCUAUUAAUCUUUCAUCAGUUUGUUCCAUAUGCUCUGCUAGAUCAUCAAUUAUUUCUAGAAAAAAAAAAAAAUCAUUUUUUUUUAUUUAUUGCAUUACUUGAGUAAAAAAUGAAUUUACCAUUUUGAUGAUCGACUUCAGUAUUUAUUGUCUGAGCAAUUGUUUUUUGUCUUGUAAUAACUUUGUACAAUUCAUCUAGACCUCGUUCUUGUUCUAAAAUAUUAAAUUAAUUUAAUUGAUAAUUAAAAUAAAAAUAUAAAAUUAUGUUACCCAAAAGAGCAGCUUGGUUUUGUGAUUUGAGAUCAGCGAUGUUGACAUUACUGUCUGAUUGGUCAUUUUGGUCAUCCCAUCCAACAGUACCACCGUCAGCAAAUGCAGUACUUGAAUUACCAAACAAACUUGGUCUCUCAGAACCUGUUGGGUUCAUUUUUAAAUCAUAAAAUCGUUUUAUUUUUACAUAAUUACUUUGCAACUGUUCUAUUUGUCUUGUUCGUCUUUCUGCUUCAUCGACAGUUCUGAAUAAAAAUAAUAAUAAUUAUAAUUAAGGAAUAAAUGUAUAUAGUGUUAUAAAUUUUAUUUUAUUUAAAUAAAAAGGAUACAUAAGUCUGAGCUUCAAAGCUUCAGCAACUUUUUUCUUCAACUGUAAAAUAUGAUCAGAGUAUUGGUUCAUUUGAAUACGAACAUUUGCGGACAAACUGGCAAAUGCCAAUGAAGCUUUUGGUUUACUUUGGCGCUGAUUAAGCUGCUCCAUAAUAUCAUCAUAAAGUUUUUCACAGACAUCGUACUCGGUGAUCCUGUUUUACAAUUUAAAUUACCUUAUAAAUUUGAAUACAUAAUAAUUAUCUUUACAUAAAAUAAAUAAAAGAAAAAACAAUUACCAAGGAUCAUUGUCAUCUAAAUAAAUCAAAGCCAUUAUUUCAGAGGUUGUGUUUUAAUCAAAAUAUAAAAAUGACAACUUUUAAUGGCACGUGGUACAAAAAUUUAAUAGCUUUUUCUACCAAUCAAAGUUGUUGAUAAACUCUUAUCUCUCCGCGAUAUACCUAUAUAUUUAUUAAUACUAUCUUUAUCAAUCAAUUAGUCACCAUUUAUUUUUAUAGGUCAAACUAUAGUCUUUUAUAUUUUAAAUUCUUAAAUUUUAAGCUUCAAGAACAAAGGAAUUAUAAAAACUAAUUAAAUCAUUUAAAAAAUAUAUCACCAAAGUAAAACUAUAGGUAUUUAUUAUCGUCACAACUACAAUCACCAGAAAAAUGAUGAUGAUCAGCCGUCAGCAGUAUGACGACAGUUGAUUUGCGCACGCGCUUUGUAUAUAUAUCACACAAACUUAUUUUCUGUGUGUGUCGAGGUUUUACAAAUUAUAUAUUUAUGUGAAAAUUGUAAAAGCAUUGGAAAAGUUUAGCAUUGAAGAUUGGAUCACAAUAAUUGCUGCAGUGGACAUACAUAAUAAAUUAAUAUGACUGUAGCAACCAACAGCAAACAGCAUCUAGCCUCAGUCUAAAGAAUAAAGUGGAAUAAAGAGAAAAGAGACGCGUGCGUAAGAGCAUGUCAAAAAAACUAGACGAGUGAAAAAAAAUAUAAUAAAAGAGCAACGUAGUUUAGUGUUCAAGACAAGAGACAGGUGGAUUUACAGUGUAGUGAAAAUAAAAGAGAAAGAAGAAAAUAAUAAAAGACCAAAGCAAGUUUUAAAACGAUUGACGAUUGACAAGUGGAUGGAUUGGAACAACAUAGACAUUGUGUACUAUAGAUUAUAUAUGAAUCUUUAUUGGAAUUAUACAAUCCUGUAUAUACCAUAUAUUUAGUAAAUGUACUUAUAUACAUUUACGUUUGUGAAUGUAUCAUUGAGCUGCUGGUGCUGAGAUCAGUAAUAUUUUACUGAGCCGUCUAGCUGAGCCAUCUUUAGUUUAUUCCGUAUUUCGUAGUGUCUAGUAUCAUUCUUUUUUUUUUUUUUUUUUUUUUUCUCUCCAUACGUUGCAAGUUACAACGUUAUUGUAAAUACUUGUGUGAUAAUAACGACAAAGUGUUUUUAAAAUGUCGGGAGAAAGGAAAGCUUUAUGGUCGAAUCGUUAAUCGUGGUCUAUCAAGAUAUUGUAAUAAUUAAGAGAGCAAAUCAUCAUCAUCAAAAUUAUCAACAUCUUGACUGUACGAACACGAAAG